AUGUCUGGAACAAAGAUUUGGCUCAGAGCAGAGACCAAGCCUCAAGAGGCGCGGUCAGCUCUCACACCUACAACGACAAAGGCUUUGCUGGAUGCCGGAUAUGACGUUACGGUUGAAAAGUCGAGCCAGAGUAUUUUCGAUGAUGAGGAAUACGCCACUGUUGGCGCCCGCCUCGUUGAAGAAGGAUCGUGGGUCAAAGACGCACCCAAAGAUACAUACAUCCUCGGCCUCAAGGAACUCCCCGAAGACGACUUCCCUCUCGAACAUGUACACAUCUCCUUUGCGCAUUGCUACAAGAAGCAGGGUGGAUGGGAGAAGGUCCUGAGCCGCUGGCCCCGCGGAGGCGGUACUUUGUUGGAUUUGGAGUUUUUGACCGAUGAGAAGGGACGCCGUGUUGCUGCUUUCGGUUACUCUGCUGGAUAUGCAGGGUCCGCGCUCGCGAUCAAGACCUGGGCCUGGCAAUACACACAUGGCAAAGAUGAGCCUCUUCCCGGCGAAACUCCCUACGCCAACGAGGGCUUGCUCAUCAGCUCCGUCAAGGAGAUUCUAGAGGCUGGAAAGAAGAAAGCUGGACGAUCGCCCAAGGUGCUCGUUAUCGGCGCUCUUGGACGAUGCGGCGGUGGUGCUGUGCAAUUCGCCAAGGACGUUGGUAUCCCUGACGAGGAUAUCAUCAAGUGGGAUCUCGAGGAGACUAAGAAGGGUGGCCCAUUCAAGGAGAUUGUCGAAGACGCCGAUAUCUUCAUCAACUGCAUCUACCUAUCUGCAGCGAUCCCCCCGUUCGUCAACGCCGAGACUCUUGCUUCCUCCACACGCACUCUCUCCGUUGUCUGCGACGUCAGCGCCGACACAACAAACCCCCACAACCCAAUCCCUAUCUACAACAUAACCACCACAUUCGACAAGCCCACCGUUCCCGUCACCAACAUCCCCAGCCUGGGCAACCCCGAGCUACCUCUCGACGUGAUCAGCAUCGAUCACUUGCCUUCUUUGUUGCCUCGUGAGAGUUCAGAGAUGUUCAGCACCGCGUUGCUGCCGUCCUUGCUGCAGCUCGAGGAUAGACAGAAUGCGCGCGUGUGGGUGCAGGCGGAGAACUUGUUUAAGCAGCAUGUUUCUACUUUGCCGGAGGAGUUGAGGAAGAGGGAUUAA